AUGGCUAAAAAUUAAUUCUUAUUUAUUAGCUGUUUACAAUAAAUCAAGCACUUUAAAUAAUUUUAAUUUGUAUUCAAAGCAGAUAUUUGUUACAAAAUUUUUGAGUAAAAAAAUUUUUUUUAAUUUCUUUUUCAAUAAAGGCUAAAAAAAGAAAUUAAAAAUUAGGUACAUAAUAAUUUAAAAUAUGAUUUUUUGGUUAAAAUGAGAGUGCCACAAUCUAAUUAUAUAGACGAAGAAUAAAAAAUAAAUUCAGAAGCAGAAAAAAGUGUGGAAAAAUAAAAGAUACUUCAAUAAUCUAUUUUUAAUUAUUAUUGUAUCAUUUGUAGACUUUUUAUAUUUCAAGCUCCAUACUUACUUAAAAUAAAAUAUUAAAUCUAUAAUUGUAAAUAAAAUAAAUUAAAAAGUAAUGUUCAUUUGUAAUAUAUUUGA